UGUCUUUUCUUUUUUGGUAAAAGAUCUCUUUUUUCCGUGAUUUCAGUGUAGUUGUUCUUGCUUUGCGAAAAAGAUCGAAUCUUUUUCACCAAAAAAAAAAAAAAAGAUCGAAUCUUUAUGGUACUCUUGGUCCCGCUGACUCGGUGGAUCAAGAUUCGAUUUUAAACUCGAGAUCUGGCGUUUUUCGACUCUCGGGAGAUCCCCUUUUUUUUAAGCUUUUAAUUUGAUUCGAUGAUGUAGCAUUUAUGGUCUUAUUUACUUGAUGUUUCGUUGAUUACAUGAUCGGAGCAGAGUGAUGACAUAAAGAGAAGGGAACGAAAGAAGGAAUGGGGAGGAAGGCAAAGUGGUUUGGUACUAUCAAGAAGGUUUUCAGCCCCGAAUCAAGGGAAAAGAAGAGCGAGAAAUCGAAGAAGAAAUCGGGAUAUGGGAAUGCUGAUCCAGUCCCAGCUCCUCCUCCUCCUCCUCCAUCUCUGCCUCUGAACGAGGAGGUUAAAUUAGCUGAGGCCGAGAACGAGCAGAAUAAUCAUGCCCACUCUGGGGCGCGGGCCACUGUCGCCUCAGCGGAGGCUGCUGCAGAGGUUGUUCGCCUUACAACAGCGACGAGGUUCUCAGGAAAAUCCAGGGAAGAAGUUGCGGCAAUCAAGAUUCAGACUGCCUUCCGAGGGUACCUGGCAAGAAGAGCACUGCGAGCCCUGAGAGGACUGGUUAGGUUGAAGUCCCUGAUUCAUGAAAAUUCUGUCAAGCGUCAAGCCACAACUACAUUACGUUGCAUGCAGACACUGGCAAGAGUUCAAUCACAAAUCUGUUCUAGGAGAAUCAGGAUGCAAGAGGAAAACCAGGCCCUUCAGCGGCAGCUGCUGCUUAAACGCGAGAUAGAGCUUGGGAAUUUGAGGACGGAAGAGGAGUGGGACGACAGUAUGCAAUCCAAGCAGCAAAUUGAAGCAAGUCUUCUGAGCAAGCAAGAGGCUGCAAUACGAAGAGAGAGAGCAUUGGCUUAUGCAUUUUCUCAUCAGUGGAAAAACUCUUCGAGGUCAGGGAACCCAAUGUUUAUGGAUCCGAACAACCCACACUGGGGUUGGAGCUGGUUGGAGCGCUGGAUGGCAUCAAGGCCAUGGGAGAGUCGGAGCACAACAGAUAGAGAGCUCAGCAUUGAUCGUGCCUCUGUUAAGAGCACCAGUCACAGUGUUGGUGGAGGGGAGAUAAUGAAAGCUUAUGCUCGGCAUGACAGUAAUCUAGAUAGGCCCUCACACACCACUGAGAAAUUAAGCCGCCCUGCCAGCCGCCAGUUUCCAUCGACACCUAACUCGAGGGCAUCGCUGGUUGCGGGAAAGAUAAAAUCAGCAAGCCCAAAAACUGGCUGGGGCCUGUCAGAGGAUGACUUGAGGAGUGUAACCAGCAUACAGUCGGAGCGCCCCAGGAGGCACAGCUUAGGAGGGUCAUCCAUUAGGGACGAUGAGAGCCUAGCAAGCUCUCCAGCCAUUCCUAGCUACAUGGUGCCCACAGAAUCAGCAAGGGCUAAGUCCCGCUUUCAGAGUCCAUUGAAUGGUAAAAUUGAGACUUCAGAUAAAGGGUCUGCGGGCUCUGUGAAGAAGAGGUUGUCUUUUCCAGUGGGAGACAAGAAUAGCGUGACAUCUCCAGCAAGGGUGAGGCGGCAUUCAGGCCCUCCCAAGGCGGACAUUGCAUCCAUUAAGGAUAUACAAAUCCAUUCAGACAACAAUACUGGCGAUGGUGAAACCAGUUAACCUGGUCAAACUUAAGAAGUCAGAGAGAUGAGAAAAGCCUCAAUGGAGGACCUUAUUAUUACGGCCAAUUCAUUUUCCUAAUGUGAUUUAUUUUUAUUGAAUUGUUUAUGGACAACACGAUAGCUUAUAGGGAUUGCUUUGUUGUAUGAUUUUUUUUUUCUGCCUUUUGUUUCAUUCCCUCUGUAUUAAUUGCUGUCCGGGGAUAAACAGGAAUUUGGUUUAAGUUCUACCAUAGGGUGCUGGAUCCUGCGACCCGACCUUUCCUGCUAUUGGGUGUUGAUUGUAAGAUAAAUGCUUGUUCAUUAUGGUUUCA